AUGGCGGAUCCCAUUUCUUCGACUACUCCUCCGCUUUACAUGGCCGACGAGAAGGUCACCAAGGAGACCGACAUUGCUGAUGCGCGCUCAGUUCAGCACGGCGAAAAUGAUCUGCUCCAAGCCCAGAUCCUUGACCAGGUGCUGGCUGCCAAAAUGACCCUGAUCAACGAUGCCAUCGACGAGAUUGGUCUCACUCCUCAUCAAUGGAAGCUGUUUUGUCUCAACGGUUUUGGUUAUGCCGUUGAUUCAUUGAUGCUGCUUCUCCAGUCAAUCAUCGCCUCUCAGGCUAUCCUCGAGUUUCAACCGUCGUUUUCUACUGGCCUUACCAUUGCUGUAUAUGUAGGCAUGCUCGUCGGUGCGCUGUUCUGGGGUUUAUCAGCCGACGUGAUUGGCCGUCGAUUCGCUUUCAACGUCUCCCUUUUUAUCUCAUCUAUUUUUACCAUCGUCGCAGGCGCGUCGCCCAACUGGAUCGUGCUGGGGCUAUUCAUCUGCCUGAGCGCUUUCGGCUCCGGGGGAAAUCUGGUUUUGGAUACUACUGUUUUCUUGGAGUACCUCCCUAGCCAGCAUCAAUGGCUGAUCACGUUGAUGGCCUGUUGGUGGAGCAUCGGUCAACUUAUUGCUGGCUUGUUCGCUUGGGCUUUCCUCCCCAAUUUCUCGUGCUCAGACGCCGCCACAUGUACAUACGACACCAACAAGGGUUGGCGCUAUGUCUGGUACACGUCCGGCGCCUUCGUUUUUCUUCUGUCUGUUCUCCGUGUUACCGUCGUCCGUUUGCAAGAGACCCCCAAAUUCCUUAUCACAAAUGGCCGCGACGCACAGGCCGUACGAGUAUUACAGGACAUCGCCCAUAAGUACAAUCGGCCAUGUAGCCUCACAGUCGAAAUGUUGGAGCAAGCUGGUCAUGCACAACAACCCAACCAAGGCGAGAAGAAAUUCCGCUUUUCCUUCACUGAACUAGGCAUUCAUUUUCAAGGCCUUUUCGUCACACGUAAAAUGGCCAUGUCAACUACCCUAGUCUGGGUUUCGUGGUUACUCAUCGGCUUGGCCUACCCUCUCUACAAUGUUUUCCUUCCUACUUAUCUGAAAACGCGUGGUGCCCAAUUUGGCACCAACAGCCAAUAUAUCACCUGGAGGAAUUAUGCCCUAGUCAACUUUUCCGGUAUCUGGGGACCAAUUCUCGCAGGCUUUAUGUGUCGCUCUCGUUGGUUCUGGGGUCGUCGAGGCACUAUGAUCAUCGGCGCGCUUGUCACCAUGGCUUUUUUCUUUGCCUACACCCAGGUUCGUACUGAAAGUCAGAAUAUCGGCUUCUCAUGCGCGGUCAACUUCUGUUUGAAUAUAUACUACGGCACUUUGUACGCCUAUACACCCGAGAUCUUCCCGUCAGCUCAUCGGGGUACAGGAAAUGGAAUCGCCAUUGGGUUGAACCGAAUCAUGGGUAUUGUGAGUGCGAUAGUGGGAAAAUAUGCUGAUACAAAUACCCCGGUUCCCAUAUAUAUCUGUGCCGCCCUGUACGCGGUUAUGGCCAUUGUCUCUGCUCUGCUCCCCUUCGAGCCGUAUGGUCGACGAAGUGCAUAA